GAUGAACACAAAUUAAGAUGUUUUGAGGAAUUUUCUUGCGGCCCAUUCACUUCCAUAGUAUUUUUUCCUACUUUGGACGUGAAUAAGGCUCAGAAACGAUUUGUUGACAAACAUUCUUUAAAACAUCGUCAUUCUUGUUCAUCGAAACAAAGACAUUUAUACAGGUUUGUAACAACAUGAGGGUGAGUGAAUGAUGACAGACUUUUAAUUUUGGGUUGAACUAUCCCUUUUAUUUUACACGAGUGGUUAAUUGCAUUUUGGAAACUCAAUACUAGUUUAUCAGUGGUAUAAAAAUAGCUUAUAUUGCCUGGGUUUCAAUGCGGUCACAUGAGGUUUAUUUUGAAAGGUGAACUUCUCAGAAGGCUGAGAGCAUUUGCUACAAUGAGCCUGCGUCAUAGGUCUCUCUAAUUAUUUUUUACCAUUACCAAAAUGACUAGUUCUUUAUGGCUGUUACUUCUUUUACCAACGCGUCUCAGUUUAUGGAUUCUCUCUUUGGUGUAUUACAUUCUUGUGUAUGGCACAGCUGGAAUCACAGCUUGUUUUGUAUUGAUCCGAAUCAUCUGGACUGGAUUUACAGAUCCAUACGGUACUUUCCAAUGGACCAUCCGCAAGAAACCUCCAGAAUGUCUUCAAGACCCUGCACUGGGUGAACAUGCAUAUUUUAGGGGCAGGAGUUCAGGCUUGAGGUUUCAUUAUGUAAGCAAAGGAGACCACAGGAAGCCACUAAUGCUGUUUCUUCAUGGGUUCCCAGAAAAUUGGUACUCCUGGCGUUACCAGUUACCGGAAUUUUGCAGUCAUUACCACACGGUGGCGCUAGAUCUGCGUGGCUGUGGAGAUUCAGACGCACCACUCCAGCUGGAGGAAUAUUCAUUGGAAAAGCUCUUAUACGACAUCAGAAACACUAUUGACGAAUUGGGUCACACAAGUUGUGUAUUGGUGGGUCAUGACUGGGGUGGGAUGCUGGCAUGGCAUUUUGCACUGGACCGGCCUGACAUGGUACAACUUCUUAUAGUCAUGAAUGCCCCUCACCCUGCCUCGUGGCUGGAUGCAGUUUUAAGAAGACCUUCUCAGCUGUUGCGUUCUGGCCAUGCAUGCUUCUUCCAGUUGCCUGUUCUACCUGAGAUUGCUCUGUCCCUUGAAGACUUUAAGCUAGUGCGAAGUCUGCUCUGUGGCAAAAAUGUGGGCAUCAGAAACAAAGAGAGGAGAUUGACCGAAGCCCAGCUGGAGGGUUACUUAUACCGACUAUCUCAACCUGGAGGACUCACAGCUCCUCUGAACUAUUUUCGCUCCCUACUGAGUAACACUCUGUACAAGCAUCAGGAUGUCGGUGUGCCCUGCAUGUUAAUUUGGGGUGAAGCUGAUAAUAUACUGGUAGAGGGAAUGUCCGGUGGAACCAGACCUUACGCCCGGGGUCCCGUCAUCAUUCACACUAUUCCCGAGUGCAGUCACUGGGUUCAGCAGGAUCAACCUGAGAUAGUCAACAAACUCAUCUGGGACUUUGUUCUGGACGAAGAUAUUAUAAAACACAAUCAUGCCAAGCUUCUAGCUGCCUUGUGAAUAGGAGCAAUAAAAUGAGACAUAAAUCA